UUAACAUUUCAGGGAUGGCUUUCUUUUUACUUACACCAUGCUUGGAGGCAUGUAAUUGCAUAAUUAAAGGGAACAGGGUUAUUCAACAGAAUGUAUUUCUUUUUCUUCCUCGCCUCCCUAUUUUCUCCAUUUCCUUAUGGAUAUGGCAUAUACGUCAGACUAUUAAUGUUCCACUUCCAAACAGUUGGCAGCGGUAAUGCACCGUGUCUAUUUGCAAACCGCCAAAAUACUCGACAAGAAGGAGACAAGGAGCAGAAGAAGAAGAAAAAAUGGCGUCGUUAGAUGGGGGUCUCGGUUCUGGGCCGACACCAGAACCGACUCCUAAAACCGACCUCUCAGCAGCCAUGCGGGCUAAAAUCGAACGGAAUAGGCAGCGAGCGUUGUUGCUUCGCCAAGCUCGACUAGCGAGUCGCCCUUUUGCGGCGGAGGAGGGCGCAACAAUGGCAAAGAUCUCCAAAACGGUCGAUUCCGGAGCCGGUUUCUUCAUCGAGGAAGAGGAGGGUGGAGGUGAGGAACAGCAGGUCAGGAAGGUGGUGCAGCAGCCAGCUCCAGUCAUGGAGCCGGACUACCUGCUGUGUGAUGACUGUCAGAAGCCCUUCAUGGACUCUUUCCUCAGCAACAGCUUCGACCUGCCUGUCUGUGACACAUGCAGAGACAAUGAGCAGAAGCACAGGCUGAUCUCUCGCACUGAGGCCAAGCAGCAGUACCUGCUGAAGGACUGUGACCUGGACAAGCGAGAGCCUCCGCUCAGGUUCAUACUGAAGAAGAACCCUCACAACUCACGCUGGGGAGACAUGAAGCUCUACCUCAAGCAACAGGUGGAGAAGCGAUGCAUGGAGGUUUGGGGUUCAGAAGAAGCUCUGGAGGAGGCCAAGGAGACAAGAGAAGAGAACAGAGAGGUGCAGAAACAAAAGCGCUUCAACAAGAAGGUCAAAGAGCUGCGCUGGGCGGUGAGGAGCAGCACAUGGACCAAAGACAGCAGUGUUCACCAACAUGAGUACGGAGCAGAGGAGGUGGUGGACGCAGAGGAGGACCUCUACAAGAAAACCUGCACCACCUGCGGGCACGAACUUACCUAUGAGAGGAUGUAGACAAACUGUUCAUGGUUUCAUUCUCACUGCUGGAUAAACUUUGGCAGAAAUAUCUAAGACACUUGCUACAACCCUUGUUCCUUUUUUCUUACUGGAAUUAACUUUUCUAGUUCAGCAAAUAGAUCAAAGAUGAUUCAUUUUCUUUCUUUACCCCUCAUCCUGACAUCCAGCAACAAAUGGAUCUGACAAACAGCUAUAUAAUGAGCGGCAUAGCAGACCAGUUGACCCGUACAGACCACUGUCCCUGCAAAGUUGCAUUGAAAUCCAAAUAGUCGUGUGUUUGAGUGCAGUACAUUAAGUGAUUGACACCUCGGGCUUGGUCCAAGAACAAUGCAGUUUUGUGUCCAUUCCUCAGACAGAAUUACCUCUGAGUUGAAUAGUUUAAAAAAAAAGUUUGCAUGGUUUUCUGUCAAGUUGUGCCAUGCGGUCCUGAACUGAGUGUGGGUGGGGCCGAGGUGGCUGGGAGUCCACAUAACUCUGCAUGGAAACAGGUGCUGCUGCUUGGCAGGACUCAGCACUGAAUGCUGUCAAACACAGGCUCAAAUCGGGUGAAAAUCCUGAGAAGAGCAGCGGCAGAAUGGAAGCAGAGAGACUGAACCACAAAAACACAUGACAGGAGCCAAGUAAAUGUAGUGAUGGAUGCUGGACUUGAGCUAAUUUUUGCUCAAGAUCAAUUUAGCAAAUAGCAAGGUUACAUUUUCAGAGAAAGAAGCUUGUAUAAAGUGCCCAAGGCAUUUUCUGUUAAAACCAGAAAAGACUGAUUCCUAUACAUUGACCUGAGUUUAAAAAUUGCUGUUGGCAUGCUGUAUCUUUAACCUUUCACCCCCUAAUUUGCAUAAAGUAAAAUGGCCACCAAUUACAUCAAAAUUUCCACAAUUUUGGUUGUACAUGUACUACAAAAAAAACUAAACAUCCUUUUCUAUGGUUUUCACCUGCUGAAUUCAUAUAUUGUUCAAGAGCGAGGGACAGAUGGAGCGCAAGAUUGACAGACAGAUCGGUGCAGCAUCUGUAGUGAUGCGGUCGCUGUAUCGGACCAUCGUGGUGAAGAGAGCUGAGCAGGGGGCAAAGCUCUCA